AUGCAUUUGGACAGGUUGCUGAUUGUGACCUCGCUCGCGGGACCAGCACUUGGCUUCAAUGCAACAGAAUUGAUACAGCAUUAUUUUGGAAAUGAUGCUCCCUGGUACGCCGAUCGAAUCCCAGUGUUCGAAUCCAGCGCGUCUGAGAUCCAGGAUGUGUACUAUUAUCGAUGGAGCGUCUUCCGCGCUCACCAGCGCGAUCUCGGCGCCGAUGGAUACAUAUCAACCGAGUUCUUGCAGGAUGUGGGAUGGCAAACCCAGCCAUCGGCACUGCUGAUUGAUGCGGCCAACAUGCACCUUCGGGAAGGACGUUGGUGCCGAGACCGACGCUUCAAGGAUGAUUACGGCAACUUCCUCUUCGGGGCUCAUAAGAACCCAUACCAGUUCUCGGAAAGUAUGGCUGAUGGUGUGUGGCAAGGCUAUCUUGUAGAUGGCGUUUCUGGAUCUAUCACAGGGCAUCUCGAAUCCAUGCAAGAUGUCUAUACGGGAUGGAACACCACGACCAUGUCAACGGGUGGUUAUGAUGUGGAUAAGAGCUUGUACUGGAUUCAGCCAUUAACCGAUGCCACCGAAUACACCAUCGCGAGUAUCGAUGCCUCUGGAGGCUCUGACGGGUUUACCGGUGGAAAUGCAUUCCGCCCCAGCAUCAACAGUUAUCAGUACGCGAAUGCCCUGGCCAUAUCCAACAUCGCUUCUCUCACGGGAGACAAAGCCCUCGCACAAGAAUAUAAGGAUAAGGCAGCUACCAUCAAGGCCGAUGUCCAGACUUCCCUUUGGAACAGCACCUUCAAGCACUUCAUCGACAGAUACAAAGUCGACAACACCAACGUGAAGUAUUGGGAUUUCAUUCGCGGAAGAGAGCUUGUCGGCUAUGUUCCCUGGACUCACGAUCUCCCUGAUGACACCGAUGCAUUCGCCCAAGCAUGGACUCAUCUGACUGACUCGGAGAAGUUUGGCGGACCACAUGGACUCCGCACCAACGAGCCCAGCUACGAAUACUACAUGCGUCAGUACCGCUACGAGGGAAGCCAGAGAGAAUGCCAGUGGAACGGUCCAGCCUGGCCAUAUCAAACAACCCAGCUCCUUGCGGGUCUUGCGAACUUGCUUGACCACUAUCCCAAAGCCGCAGCGGCCAACGUGAUCAGCAAGACCGACUACACUAAACUUCUCAAGCAAUAUGCUCAGCUCCACUACAACCCGAACAGAGGCGGCAUCCUUGACAUCGAAGAGGACUACGACGCAGACACAGGUCUUCCCAUCGUUGGACUUGCUCGCUCCCCACAUUACUUCCACUCCGGAUUCAUUGAUCUAGUCCUAUCCGGACUCGUGGGCGUUCGUCCCCAGGCCGGGGAUACCCUCGAGAUCAACCCAGCAGCCGAUGCAAGCUCCAUUUCCUACUUCCGAGCUGCACGGAUCAUGUACCACGGACACGAGAUCGCUGUUCAAUGGGAUGCGACUGGCAAACAGUACGGACAAAAGGGCCUUAUUAUCGAAGUCGAUGGCAAGAAGGCAGCGAGCUCAAAGAAUCUCUCCCGCCUGUCUGUCAAAAUAAACCGCCAGGACCCGCCAGCCGUUGCUCGUCCUAUCGCCGUGUCCAUUCAGCAAGGAGAAGACACCGAGUAUCCACGUGGUCAGGUCUCAGUCACAGGCGACACGAACACAGCUGCUAUCCACGCUGCCAUCGACGGUCGCGUCUGGUUUUUCCCUGAGUCUGAUAUCGCGAAUGGAUGGGACACUCCGGCAGGGAAUGGAAGCGAGGUCUGGUAUCAAAUUGACUUUGGAUCCUCUACUAAGACGAAGAAUGCCGAGAUUGCGUUCUUUGCAAACGCGACACAGACAUUCGAUGUCCCGAGUGACUAUCGCAUUCAGACCAGCCAGUCUGGAAAAUGGGUGGAUGUCUCGAAUGGUAAGCUUGACAAGGCGCUUGCGAACGGUAUAACGAAGGCAUCCUGGGAUUCUGUCAGCUCGGAGAGUAUUCGGUUAGUCUUCACGCCCAAGAAGGGAUCGAAGGCCCGACUGGUUGAGUUGAAGGUCUUCGGGGCAUAA